UAGAAUCAGCGUCACCUUCGCCGAGGGAUCUGCUGAAACUCCUAAAUACCCUGCCCGGCCCUAGACCUUUUUUUCUCGUCUUCUUCACAAACAUCUUUGCAGAUGUUCAGUGCAGUAGCACGAGUGCGAGCACCGGCCGCCUCCCUCCUUCGCACACGACUACUCCCCCAGCAGGCACACAAGAUUGCAGCCAUGGCGCCCACCAACUUGAGACGGCAGCAGUCGUCGCUGCCCGCAGGCUACAAAGAAGACCACAGCAAAGGUGCCAUGCUGCGAUUCGAGGAUUCGUUGCCCCGGCUGCCCGUGCCGACUCUCGAGGAAACCGCCAAGCGAUAUCUGAAAUCCGUCCACCCGCUACUCUCCAAGACCGAGUUUGAAGCCACCACGAAAGCUGUCAAUGAGUUUGUAGCACCUGGCGGCCCCGGAGAGGAGCUCCAGAGGCGCUUGGUUGCGCGCAGAGAGCAACCAGAGACGCGCAAUUGGAUAUCGGAGUGGUGGAAUGAGGCGGCGUACAUGGGCUAUCGUGACCCCGUGGUCCCCUAUGUUAGCUACUUCUACUCGCAUCGUGAUGACAGAAAGCGGAGGAACCCCGCCAAGCGCGCUGCAGCCAUGGCUACUGCGGUUCUGGAGUUUAAAAAAGCCGUCGAUGGUGGUAGCUUGGAGCCUGAGUACAUGAAGAAGCUUCCAAUGGCCAUGAACUCGUAUGAAUGGAUGUUCAAUUGCUGCCGUGUGCCAAAGAAGCCGGCCGAUACCAGCGUCAAAUAUCCCUUCAAGGAGAACCCCCAUAUUGUAGUCGUAAGGAAGAACCAGUUCUGGAAGCUCCCACAUGAGGUUGGGGGUAAACAACUCACCACUAGCGAGCUAGAACUGCAGUUCAAACGCAUCUACGAGAACGCAGAGAAGAGCCCCGCUGUCGGCUUCCUCACGUCCCAGAACAGAGACGUUUGGGCAGAGGUGUAUCCCCGUCUGAAAGCCGCCUCAGGCAUGAACGCCGCAUCGGUGGAAGCCAUCGAAUCCGCCUCGUUCCUCAUCUGCUUAGACGACGCCUCCCCGAUAACUCUCGAAGAGCGCGCACGCCAAUACUGGCAUGGCGACGGCUCCAAUCGCUGGUACGACAAGCCCCUCCAAUUCAUCAUCAACGACAACGGCACAUCGGGCUUUAUGGGCGAGCACUCACUGAUGGACGGGACACCAACACACCGCCUCAACGACCACGCCAACAUGCUCAUCUUCUCGAACGCCCUCCCUUUUGAUGACCCCACAAUUCGCUCUAACCUCCCCAACCCAACCCCCCUUCGCUUCACCAUCACCCCCGAACUCCAAAAAGACAUCGAUGCCGCCCAAGCACACUUCAACGGGCAAAUCGGCGCGCACGAACUCCGCGUCCAGGCCUACCAAGGCUACGGCAAAGGCCUCAUCAAGAAAUUCAAAUGCAGUCCCGACGCAUACGUGCAAAUGAUCAUCCAACUCGCGUACCACAAAUUCUACGGUAAAAAUCGACCAACCUACGAAUCCGCCUCUACAAGGCGUUUCCAGGAAGGACGCACCGAAACGUGUCGCACGGUAUCCGACGAAAGCGUAGCUUUCUGCGCGGCCAUGGCGGACCACAGCAUCCCGGCGGAGAAAUGCCAGCAGUUGUUCCGCGACGCGUUGAACGCACAUGUGAAGUACAUCACCGACGCGUCCGACGGUCGUGGCGUAGAUCGCCAUCUAUUCGGCCUGAAGAAAUGUCUCAAAGACGGCGAGCCCGUGCCAGCGCUCUACCAAGACCCCGCAUUCAGCUACAGUUCCACAUGGUUUAUCUCCAGCUCGCAGCUGAGUAGUGAGUAUUUCAACGGAUAUGGUUGGAGUCAGGUGGUGGAUGAUGGGUGGGGCAUUGCGUAUAUGAUUAAUGAGAAUAGUAUUCAGUUCAAUGUUUGUAGUAAGGGGCUGGGCUCGGAUAAAAUGAGUUUCUAUCUCAACGAAGCCGCGGGCGAUAUCCGGGACCUGAUGCUUCCGACCCUGGAAGCUCCGAAGGCGAAGUUAUGAACGCUUGCCGCCCCACUUCCCCUUCCCCCCCAAAUCCAUUUCAAUGCAUCUUGUACAUACGAGAAGCUCGGAGAUCCUAAGGUACAGGGAAGCAUCGACAUGUACUCCCAUAACAUCCAUGGGCUCUCCUUGUCGCGCUUCCUAGACCCCUUUUCCCCGUUUCCGAUAUUUUUUUGACUUGCUCUUUUGGAAGAUGCACGUUUGAUAGUUUUCAUGGUUGAUGCUUGUCGCCCUUGCUAGCUGGAGGUACAGGUGCAGGUGGAAGUGCGUUUUUAAGAGGCGAUGGGAUGCAUGUGUGUGCUACUGAUUAGUUCUUUAUCAAAGCUGUCUAGUGUGUGUAGGUGUAGGUGUAGGUGUGUCAGUGGCAGUCUAAAAAUCUUAGAGUAGAAACGUAGAGUAGAGUAGAAUGUACCAC